UUGCGCGGUGUGCCACUUUAGCCACUUCGACUUUGACACCUGUCAAGUGUCAACCCCCAAAUUUUAAAUCAAACCCAACUCAAAAAUGCCUUAAUCGUUGACUAUGGCCACAUAUCUCACCCCAAAUCGCCACGGCUACAGCGUUCGCUUUUCCCCAUUCACGCCCGAUCGUCUGGUGGUGGCAACAAGUCAAUUAUUUGGCCUCGCAGGUGGUGGCACCCUCUUCAUCCUCGACUUAACCCCCGAGGGAAAACUCACCGAAACCCAAACCUACCAGUGGUCUGACGGUCUCUUCGACGUAGUCUGGGCGGAAAACAACCCCUCUCUAGUCGUGAGCGCCUCCGGAGAUGGCGGUCUCCAGUUAUGGAACCUCUCGUCCCCCAACAACCCCCCUGUCACCUUCUGGGAACACAAAAACGAAGUCUACUCGGUGGACUGGUCUCGAACCCGACAAGACCAGUACAUUCUGAGCGCGUCGUGGGACUGCAGCAUCAAACUUUGGGACCCUAACCGACAAUCAUCCAUUGGGACGUUCCAGGGGCACUCGCAGCUGGUCUACAGCGCCAUGUUUUCGCCCCAUAUACCGAACUGCUUCGCGUCGGUGUCCGGAGACGGGACUUUGAAGCUGUGGAAUAGCUUGAACUCGCAGCCCACGAGCUCGUUCAGGGUGCAUGAUGCCGAAGUUCUGUCGUGUGAUUGGUGUAAAUAUGACGAGAACAUUCUAGCGACGAGCGGGUCGGAUGGGUUAAUUCGAGGGUGGGAUAUUAGAAGUUAUACUCAGCCCGUUUUUCAGUUAAAAGGGUGCGAAUAUGCGGUGAGGAGGGUGCAGUUUUCGCCGCAUUAUGCCACCGUGUUGGCUUCGGUUAGCUACGAUUUUACUACGAGGCUUUGGGAUUUUAAAAGGGGGUCGGAGGCGUUGGAGACGAUUCAGCACCACUCGGAGUUCGUCUACGGGUUGGAUUGGAAUACUCAUAGGAAGGGGCAGGUGGCGGAUUGUGGGUGGGAUAGCUUGGUUCACGUGUUUAGCCCCAAGUGUCUGGAUAAUUAUUAAUUUUUUUCGUUUUAAAUUAAGUACUAAACGCUAAGGAGUUCCUAACAUUUUAAUAUGUAAGGCUAGAGAUGAUGGUUGAAUAUGUUUGUGGUGACGAGAUGGGGGAGUAGUUUAAGCAAAAUCGUGUGACGGAGUCUAUUUUAAACACAGAUGGACAUUGUUCGUAUUGACGGUGCACAUAUUUCUUAAAACAUGUUGAACUGAAACUUCAAGAUUGUACAUAGAUUGAUGUUAUUUUUUAUUCAUGGGUUCUGUAUAUUGAAAGACUGAUGUCUCUAAAUUAUUUUCAAAUAUCAGUUGUUCUUUUAUAUUUUAUAUUUGUAUUAAAAUUGUGGAAUAAAUUUCUAAAAAAUGA